CUCCGACGAAGACCGAAGACUUUCUGAGGUAUCAAUCCAUGGUGGUGGAGACGGAGACGGGGAGAGAUGAGAGCGAAGCGGCGGCGGCGACGGCGAGCGCCAUGGACGACGGGCCAUGCGGCGAAAGCGAAGGAGGAGGAGACGCGGCGGCGAAGGCCGUAGGAGCGAAGGACGCGGGCGAAGGAGACGAGCCGAAGGAGGAGGAGGAGGACGGGAGAGAUCGAGAGGAGGAAGAGGAGGAGGCGGCGAAGCGCGGGUGGUCGGAGAUACGGCUGGCGAUCGAGGAGCUCUCCGCCGUCGACGUCGAGCGCCGCGGCGGGAAGCCGCCGCCGCCGUUGCCGCCUCCUCCCACGCUGACCUUCCUCGCGCUCUCUCACCUCCUCCUCCAGGUGCUCGAUAAGAUCGGUCCGACCAUGGCUGUGCUGAGGCUCGACGUCCAACGAAACAUCGAGAGGCUGCAGGAGUUGUACUUGUUGGACCCAUCCAAAUACUAUAAUCUAGAGGAGAUACUGGAGAAGGAGGUAGAUGAGGGCACUGCAAGGAAGGUUGAUAGCUGCGCGAGAGCUAUUCUUUGGCUUACUAGAUCCAUGGAUUUCACUAUUGCACUAUUACAGAGAUUGGAGGAGGAUUCUGAUCAGAAGUGUUUUGCACAGCUUGUAGAAUCUGCAUACAUGGUCACUCUAAAGCCAUGGCAUGGGUGGAUCUCUUCAGCAGCCUACAAGAUCGCAAUGAAACUCAUUCCUGACAGGAAGAUGUUCAUCAACCUGCUCGUUGGCAAAUGCCAAGAUUGUGCUGCUCUGAAGGAGGAGAUUCGAAAGCUCGCAAAGUUGCUUAAGCCCUUCCUUGACGAUAUCCAUGCCAUGAUGGCGAAGUUCAGAUUGGACCGGCUGAAAUCAACUUGAUGGCAAGCCUAUAAAUUGUCGUUGUAAUAUGUGAAUGUGGAUACGGGGCAUACGGCCUUGGUCAGCUGGUUUGGCUGUGUACAGAUCCCCCUCCCCCUUCUUUUUUUUUUGUGGUAGUACCGUAGUAGUAGUGUAACUCUGUAAAUAGGUCUUCAGUUAGAGUAGAACUGCAGGUUUAUAGUGUGCAGUGUGUACCAAUUUGCCAGAUGAAGACUAGGCAGUGUACUUUGGUCAUCCUUAUAGGAGUAUCGCAUUUUCAGUCCUUUCCUGUCAUUGGUCAUCUCCAAACUGCUGCAGUUUUUCAAGAUCCCCUACUCAAUAUUCAACAAACUAAUUUGGCAGAAUGAGAAAA